AUGGCCGACCGAGCAGAGCUGGCCGAGCCGUUGCUUGCUGGGGCUGGACCCGAAAAGGCCGAUAACCUAACGAUUCGAUCCGACGAUGAGUCUGGCGAUGGGUUUCUCGUUGCGCCUCCUGACCAGGACUCUAAGUGGGAACGGGGAUUGUACGCACCGCGGAAAACGUCCAGAGCUCCAUCCCGUCGCCGACUGCUCAUUUUUGGCUCAGCGCUCUUGGGGUUGCUGCUUCUCGGCUGCGGCGUAAUCAGGGCGCUUGCUUGGGAAACCUCGGUUCGAUGGGCAAACCAGUGGCUGCAUCCCGACGGCCCGUCCCCGGGAACAUCCUCUCUUGGCGACCAGUACCUUCUCGGUGUCGGAAAGGCGGAUAUCACGGGGCCUGUGGUCGAGGUUAACCUGAUGGGCUACGCAGACCCCAACCAGAUCGGCACCGGACUCCGACAGCGGAUCUACUCGCGGGCCUUCAUCAUCGGAAGCGUCGACAAGCCCGAGGAGAGGUUUAUUUACCUAGUGUUGGAUACCCAGUCCGGCGACACCGCUGUCCGAUAUGGCAUCCUCGACGGCCUCAAGGAGCUCGGGGCCUCGUACGCUGUGUACAACCACCACAAUGUUGCCGUUACCGGGACCCACUCGCACUCCGGACCUGCCGGAUGGCUCAACUAUUUACUUCCUCAGAUCACCAGCAAAGGCUUCAACAGUCAGGGGUACCGCGCUAUCGUCGACGGUGCUCUGCUGUCGAUCCGCAGGGCUCACGAGAGCCUCCAGCCGGGGUACCUGAGCGUUGGGACUACCAAAGUGCACGGUGCCAACAUUAACCGCAGCCUUUUUGCCUAUCUAGCCAACCCCGCGGAGGAGCGGGCGAGGUACAAUGUCAGCGCGGACGACGAUGGGUCCGUUGAGAAGGACUUGACCCUCCUCAAAUUCCAGCGGGCCUCAGAUUCGAAAAACAUCGGCGUCCUUACUUGGUUUCCCACGCAUGGCACAUCUCUCCUAGGAAACAACACGCUCGUCGCAGGCGACAACAAGGGCGUUGCGGCCUAUUUGUUUGAACAGAGCGCCCGGCAGGACCCGACGGCAGCCGAGGGCUUCGUAGCCGGGUUCUCCCAGGCCAACGUGGGGGAUACCAGCCCUAACGUUCUUGGAGCCUGGUGUGAAGAUGGUUCCGGGGAAAUGUGCAGUUUUGAGAACAGCACCUGCAGCGAUGGCAAAUCCCAGGCUUGCCACGCCCGCGGACCGCACUUCCGGGUCGAUAACACCGGCCAAAGCUCCUGCUUCGAGGUCGGAAAGCGGCAGUUUGAGCCAGCUCGUGCCCUCUAUAACCAACUCCAACGGAACCCAACCUCUAUCCAAGGAGGCGCGGUCAAGUCCUUUCACACGUUCCAUAACAUGUCUGGGUUCUCGUUCCUCCUGCCAAAUGGUUCCGUGGCCCGUACAUGCCCUGCCGCACUUGGCUACUCGUUCGCAGCGGGUACCUCGGAUGGGCCGGGGGCUUUCGAUUUUACACAGCACAACGGCAACGAGAACACCACAUCCCCAGUUUGGAAAGUUGUUUCUCGCCUGUUGAAAGAUGCAACACCCGAGCAACGAGCUUGCCACGGCCUCAAGCCGAUCCUCCUCGACGUUGGAGAGAUCCACAAACCGUACGACUGGACCCCCAACGUCGUGGACGUCCAAGCCUUCCGCGUCGGUCAGCUCUUCAUCGUCGUCAGUCCCGGCGAAGCGACCACCAUGUCCGGGCGACGCUGGAAAAAUGCCGUGGCCGAUGCCUCGGCCGCCCUCUUUCAUAACCCUUCUUCGUCUGCUGCUUCGCCCGUCAUCGUCCUCGGCGGACCCGCGAACAGCUACACGCACUACAUCGCCACCGAGGAAGAAUAUUCCAUCCAGCGGUACGAAGGCGCCUCGACGCUCUACGGCCCACACACUCUCGCGGCGUACAUCAACGUGACGCUAGCGCACCUUCACCACCUGGACGCCGAUGCACCACCGCCCCCGCCGCACGACGAGGCCGGGAUAUUCCCGCCGGACAACUCGGGCCGGUCGCUGUCCUUCAUCUCGCCGGUCGUGUAUGACGGGACCCCGCUGAUGAAAGGGUUUGGUGACGUCGUGACGGAUGUGGAACGGGUGUAUCGUCGGCGCAACGGGGGCGGGGUGGCCGUCAAGGCGGUGUUUGUUGGUGCAAAUCCGAGGAAUAAUUUACGGCUGGAGGGCACGUUUGCCGCGGUGGAGAAGCUGAGCCUUUUGAAUGGUGACGGGCAGGAAUCGUCAGUGUGGAAGAGGGUGCGGGACGAUGCGGAUUGGGCACUGGUGUAUCACUGGCGGCGGACGAACGAGAUUUUGGGCACGAGUGAGGUGGAGAUUGUGUGGGAACCGGAGGACUGGGCGGAACAGGGCGUGUAUCGGAUUCGGUAUUAUGGUGAUGCGAAGGGGUUGUCGGGGGAUAUUACUGCUUUUGAGGGGGCUACUUUGCCGUUUACUUUGGUGUAG